GAAAAAUGAGCAGUCAUAAUAAAAUUAUCUCGUACAUAGAAACUGGACCCUUGAUGUCAGUGUAGGCAUUGAAUAUAAUAAUUGAAGGAAAGAAAUUGUAGCGUUGACAAAUGGUGGAUGGUCCACUAGAAAUAAUUGUUGUAUGUAGCAUUAGCCCGAGAGGGGCGUUAUAUAAUGGGAAACAGGUGGCGGGGUUGGGCAUGCCAUUUGCCAAGUCUUUACCAGGUUUGAGACGCCUGGCGCAGAAAACAACCUGUGAAGUGAUCAGCCCUAACCUCUCGAUCAUCUCUUCUUCCCGUAGUAUUAUAUUAUAUUGCCUCUUGGAUUGAUCUUACCAUGAACCAACCCUCCCUUUUAGAAUAUCCACUUUCUUGUUGAUUCUUUAACUUUGUUGCUCAGCUCACAGCUCGCAGAGACGAACGUAGAAAUAAUAAUGAGUAACACAAUGAGGCCAAGGAAUAAAGCCAUGUUUUAUUUGGUUUACGACAGGGGUUGACAUCCAUCGAUCUUUCUAAUUUUCAUUUUCCUUCCAAAUUAUCUAAGCUAUAUCAGUAUAUAUAUAGUUUGUUUGAACAAAUCAAAUGGAUGAUGUUGAUGAGAUGAAGAGUACUAAGAAGGGAAAAGGGAAUAAGAAAGGUGGUGGGCUGAUAACCAAAACAUGGGAGCGAUGCAAGUCCAUAGGAAGAAGCCGCAAGGAGGCAAGUUCUAAUUCCCUCAAUACUAAUACUAAUACCAUGAGAAGCAAAUCAUGGCCAAACCGUAACCGGGCGGAAAACAAGAACAAGAACAAAAACAGUACUAUCGUGGCCCCCGAAGGUUGCUUCUCGGUGUAUGUUGGACCCCAAAUGCAAAGGUUUGUCAUCAAAACCGAGUACGCAAACCACCCCUUGUUCAAGAUGUUGCUCGAAGAAGCUGAAUCUGAGUAUGGUUACAACAGCCAAGGCCCUUUGGCCCUUCCCUGCCACGUUGAUGUCUUCUACAAGGUCUUGAUGGAAAUGGAUUCUGAUGAAACUCAUGGCAGCUGUGCCUGUGUUAAGCGUUCUCCCUCUGCUUAUCAACUUCUUCGCACUUCCCCUAUGCUUUCAAUAAACCACUUCUGAUCCAUGCCGCCAUCAAUAAUAUUAAUGUACUAAUCAUCUAUCUGUUGAAAUUUUUCUUUCUUUCCUUUCUGGAAUUCAAAUAAAAUUACUGUAUCAUAUAUCCAACUUGUUCUGCUUAUGCCUGUUGUUUCUCAAUACAAUGACUACAAAUAUUAGUGCCGUGCUGGCUGUUA